AUGGCUCUCAUUACGCUGCCACCGGAGCUCAAGCUAAACAUAGCCGACAACUUGGACCCGGACUCGACUCUCAAUUUUGCCCUUACCUGCAAAGAUCAUGCGACACUAUUCAAAUCCUUGUUGAGACAGCAUGCACGACUACUUGCGAAAUGGAAGGUCAUCGACACGACCGAUGCUCGCACGCUUCUUUGGGAGACCCUGAGAGACGUAAUAGCAAACCCUCGACUGGGGUGGUACAUCAGGGAACUCAAUCUUCCAGAAAGCCGGCAAUACAAUUGGAAUGCGAACGAGAGUUUGCAUGUUUCCCACCCAAAGCAUGGCGUUGUGCCAUCCGAAGAAGACAAGGCCUUGUUCGUUGAGGCAGCAAGGGGGCUGCAAGAUAUGUAUCCGGGGUUCGGCGUAGAUGAAUCGAAUCUGCUGAGACGAUACUCUCAUGCCUUCAACUUUUCACCUCGCCCGUACGACACGAUUGGAUCUAUCGAAGAUCGAAUUCGCGCAGGCUUCGAGGACGCCAUUAUCGCGAUCCUUCUGCACCAUCUACCUUAUCUCACGACCAUCAGACAUUCAGAAGUCGGCAUGGAGGACUGUCUGGAACUUGUUCUAUGGCAGAUCGCGUUAGGAUACAAGAACCCGGUCAUGGCACCAAAGCUUCCCCUACAACAUCUCAAGACGGUCGCCGUGCGUUACGCUCUGGACGAAGGAAGCAGCUCUCCUGACUGGGCGUGUUUUUAUCUCAGUAUCCCUUCGGUAAAGACGUUUGUAGGGCAAGCAAUGGGUGGUUCGCCUAGCGAGGACGUCCUACGCACUUUAUUCCCCACAGGUGCUGCUCCGUGCUCUAACGUGGAAGAGCUAUUCUUCAGACAUUCUGUCUUCGAUGUGGAUGGCCUAGCAACCAUACUCGCGAACACUCGGCAUCUAAAGAAGCUAACGUACAACGGUGGUGAUGCUCUGGUGUCCGAUUCGAGCUGGUACGAACCAAAGAAAGUCAUCCGAGCAGUUGCUACACACGCCGGCCGCUCGUUGGAAGAGCUCAUGCUCAGCGAGGAGGACACGGAUAGUGAACCUCCUGAGGAUGGCCCAGCGAUUGUUUCUCUCCGAGAGUUUCAGAAGCUCCGUGUACUCCACUGUCAAUGGCGCAUGCUUCGCCCCGACAUGGCAAAAGAGGGAGACCCUGAACAUGACGAGCCGCUAGAACAAGGCUAUUACCGAAAGGAGGAUUACGAACAGAUUGAUGUCGACUUCGACGUAAGGACCCUUCUCCCAGAGUCCUUAGAAGAGUUUUAUAUGAACGGCGAUUUCCACGACUAUGAUGAAUGGGAGCACAUGGAAAAUACAGUCAAGGCCUCAAGCGCCUUCACGCCCCGCCUGACACACCUCUACAGCGCGCGCUUCUCCCUAUACCUCUACUGCCAAUUAACGAGCGAAGAUUUCGCGUCAGACCCUAACAUCCAAUCUCCCCAAGACGAUAUUACAAUGGCUCCUCGAACCGUCCAUACAAUCGGAGGCCGCUACAAAAGCAUCAAAGCUGUGGAAGAUGCGCCAUUCGCAGAGUUCAUCUCAGUGAGAGAGACCGGGCUCAAACUCAACGUCGUCCACCCAGUCCCAGUCGCGUAUCUGCGUGACCUGCACUCUCGCGAACGCGCUGCGGUCCACAAACAUAUUACCGCUGAGCUGUUUAGUAACAGCUACAAAGACGUCGAAUUUGUUGAAGCGGUAGAAGAAACCUUGAGUUUGUUGGAGACGGUCCAACAGGAUAUGGAUCAUGAUCGCUCGACCACUGCGGACCUAACGACCACGGAUACGACCAGCAACCGGACUUACCACACGGCAAGAGAGCAUCAGGAGUCCCGGGGCAAACAUUCCUCCAUGCAUGUGGAGGCUGACACCAAUGUCAUGAGCGGCUCAAGCUCCAGCAAGAUGCGAAAGCCAAGCAGACACACCGACUUCCUUAAGGACGCAAAGCUCGACGAGAAGACACGCGUUUUAGUCGUGGAGCACAGCGUUGCAAGCCGCGAACUGGCGCUUCAAGAAGAGCAUCUUGCCAGUCUCGAGUCGCUUGCUUUGACCGUCAACAGCUCAGCUGCGCGGCGCGAUCUAUACGGCGCCAUUCGGAAAGCUCGCAGUGCAGUCGAGAAGGUGCGCGUCCUCGAACGCAAGUGCAAGGGCGCCCUAUCAGACUCCCGGGCCCUCGUAGUGGAUGCUCUUGAGCUUGCUGAUGAUCUGUGGGAGACGUCAGAAGCGGAUGCGGAAGAAGCAUCAACGCGGAGCAUAUCCACUGCACCAUCGGAAGCUGAGUCUUUGGUGCCAGCCCGCUUUCCCUCUGCCUCGGAAGUUGUCUUACUGAGGCAGGAACUGCAAAAGAUCGACGACGAUCUUUCCGAGUCGAUGAGGACUUUGAACGGGGUCAUAACUCGAUCAAAUUAUCGAGAGGGCGUAAUCGAAAGCAUAGACCGCGCGCGGGCAUGUCUCGACAAAGUUCACAUCAGAGGAGAGCGCUAUUCGGGCUUGGACGACGAAAAGAUACGCAAAUUCGGAUUUGCAACGCUUGCCAUCGCUCGGACAAGGCAUGAGAAAGCUAUGCGCGUUCUCGAUGCAGCCAAGCAAGAGCAACUGCGACUGGACGGCCCUACGCAAGCAAAAGGUAGCGGAGGAACACGAGACACCGAGCACCAAGAGCCUUUGCGAGAGGAUGAAGAGUUCGAUCGGAUGGUCCAUCGUUUCUCGCAAUUUGAUUGCGGGGACUCCGAGGAGCUUCUGCGUCAGCAACAAGAGGUCUACAGUCUCGACCUCUCUGACAGCAACAAGAUGGCUUCUCAAAACCGCACACUUCACACCCUUUACGGGCAAUACCGUACUGCAGCGGCUGUCAACAGGGCAGCUAAUGCCGAUUACAUACCGUUAAACGGCGAUCGUAACAUCAAUGCCGUACACCCAAUUCCAAUUGACUGGCUGGACGAAGAGAUAUUGUCAAGCGAGCGCGAUCAAGUUCGGGAACAUGUUGCGUCUCUACUGAGUAGUCAGCGUCGCCAAGUUCCCAGUUUCGUCGAGGCUUUACAGGGCACCAUGGAGAAUCUCAACACCAUCAGAAAUAGGGGUACAGCUAGUCGCAGCAUUCCCGCGCGUCGAUCUGGAGGCGAGACAAUCGACCGUCUGGCGCAUGACUUCGACACUUUGACCAUGGGACAAGCGCAUGGCAUCAACUCACCGUCACGUAACGUGCGGUUUGCAGAGACGUCCACAGCCGUCCUCGCCGACUCCUCGAAGUAUUAUGCGCUCGCCCGGACAUUCUCGUGCGAACUCAGCCGAAGCGAUUUUGAGCCACGGAACGUUACCUCUACGCGAUGCUCGAGUGCCCUCGCCCACCGACGGCUACAGUGA